AUGGACGAGGCGGCCCAAGAGCCCGGGGAGAAGCCAUCGCAGUCCGAGCCAGAUGUCCAGAUUGACCCUCUUAUCGAGAAGCAAGUCCGGAACAAGAUAGACCGAGUCUUGAUCCCCUUGGUCAUGGGCCUAUACCUCGUUGCUUUCCUGGAUCGAUCCAACAUUGGGAAUGCGCAGACCGCGGGAAUGGGCAAGGACCUCGGGUUCGACGACGAACAGUAUCAGUGGUUGUUGACCAUAUUCUACAUACCCUAUAUCCUCUUCGAGUGGUGUGCGCUGAUGUGGAAGGCAAUACCUCCACACAUCUGGGCCUUUAGUUGCGUACUUGUGUGGGGUCUGGCUUCAACACUGCAAGCCGCGGCAUUCAACUGGCAGGGUCUGAUGGCAUGCCGGUUCUUCAUGGCCGCGGCCGAGGCAGGGUACGGGCCCGGUAUCCCCUACUUGCUCUCAUUCUUCUAUAAGCGACACGAACUUGGUUUCCGCUGCGGCCUCUUCCUCUCUGCCGCACCCCUCGCCACCACCUUUGCGGGAGCUCUGGCGUACGGCAUUACCUCUGGCCACCCGGUUAUCGCGAACUGGAGGGUUCUCUUCAUCGUGGAAGGAAUACCUUCCAUUCUGCUGGCCUUCAUCGCCUAUAGAUACCUGCCAGACUCGCCUGACACGGCGCGCUUUCUGCGCCCUGGGGAGAGGGAGGUUGCCAAGAAUCGAGCCAUUCAACAGACUGGCAGUGAAGGAGCUUCACGCAUCGGACACGUGAAUUUCAAGGACAUUGUCAUGUCACUAAUGGACAUCAAAACCUGGAUACCGCCUCUGAUGUACUUCAGCUGCAACGUCUCGUUCAGCAGUCUGCCCGUGUUCCUGCCGUCGAUCCUCCAGAACAUGGGCUUCACAGCCAUCAACGCCCAGGGCCUAAGUGCGCCGCCCUACUUCCUCUCGUUCUUGGUAUGCAUCGGCACCACCUGGAUUGCCGACAGAACUCGCCAGCGUGGGUUGAUGAUCAUUGGCCUCUCGCUCGUCGCCGGCAUUGGAUACGUCCUCUUGGCGACAUGCAAGAGCGUUGGGGUGCGAUACUUUGGUGUCUUCCUCGCCGCUGCUGGUGUGUUUCCAGCCAUCUCCAACAUUCUCCCCUGGACCGUCAAUAACCAGGGCAGUGAUUCCAAGAGGGGUGCUAGUAUAGUACUACUCAACGUCAUCGGGCAGUGUGGGCCACUGCUGGGGACUCGCGUGUUCCCGACACGUAAUGCGCCUUAUUUCGUCGAGGGCAUGAGCAUCUGCGCCGGCUUUAUGUUUCUGAAUGCCCUCUUGGCCUUGGCCCUGCGGACACAUCUUGGCUGGGAAAAUAAGAAGUUCGAGAGGAUGGACGAGGAGGCUCGUCGGGCAGGCCUUGAUCCGAAGCAGGGCUCGAUUGGCGUCGAGAACGAUGGCUACGGCUUCAGAAACUUCCUAUGA